GCCCGCCCGCGGCUCCCGGCCCCAGGCCGGGAGGUAGGAAGGCGCCGGCCGGACUCAGGGAUCCUCUGGGCCCAGAUGGGAGAACCCCGAGCUGGGGCCCCCCUGGACGAUGGCGGCGGCUGGACCGGCAGUGAGGAGGGCAGUGAGGAGGGCACUGGCGGCAGCGAGGGGGCUGGGGGAGACGGGGGCCCCGACGCAGAGGGUGUCUGGAGCCCAGACAUCGAGCAGAGCUUCCAGGAGGCCCUGGCCAUCUACCCGCCCUGCGGCCGCCGGAAGAUCAUCCUGUCCGAUGAAGGCAAGAUGUAUGGUCGGAAUGAACUGAUUGCUCGUUACAUCAAACUGAGAACGGGGAAGACCCGAACUCGCAAACAGGUUUCCAGUCACAUCCAGGUCCUGGCCCGAAGGAAAUCCAGAGAAAUCCAGUCUAAGCUGAAGGCCCUGAAUGUGGACCAGGUUUCCAAGGACAAGGCUUUCCAGACGAUGGCCACUAUGUCCUCAGCCCAGCUCAUCUCAGCACCCUCCCUGCAGGCCAAACUGGGUCCCGCUGGUCCUCAGGCCUCUGAGCUUUUCCAGUUCUGGUCAGGAGGCUCCGGCCCGCCCUGGAAUGUUCCAGACGUGAAGCCGUUCUCCCAGACGUCAUUCUCUUUGUCACUGACUCCCCCUUCUACUGACCUCCCAGGGUACGAGCCCCCCCAAGCCCUCUCGCCCUUGCCCCCACCUGCCCCAUCACCCCCAGCCUGGCAGGCUAGGGCUCUGGGCACUGCCCGGUUGCAGCUGGUGGAGUUCUCAGCCUUUGUGGAACCACCGGAUGCCGUCGACUCUUACCAGAGGCACCUGUUCGUGCACAUCAGCCAGCACUGCCCCAGCCCUGGAGCACCUCCCCUCGAGAGUGUGGACGUCCGGCAGAUCUACGACAAAUUUCCGGAGAAAAAGGGUGGUCUGCGGGAGCUGUAUGAUCGCGGGCCUCCGCAUGCCUUCUUCCUGGUCAAGUUCUGGGCGGACCUGAACUGGGGCCCAAGUGGCGAGGAGGCCGGAGCUGGUGGCGGCAGCAGCGGCGGCAGCUUCUACG